AUGAAACCAGAAAAUGAUUCACACAUUUCAGAAUUUAUUCUUUUGGGAUUUUUAGAGGAACCAGAACUGCACUCCAUCAUAUUUGUGCUUUUCCUGUCCAUGUACCUGAUCACCAUCUUUGGGAACCUGCUCCUCAUCCUGGCCGUCAUCUCAGACCCCCACCUCCACACGCCUAUGUACUUCUUCCUGUCCAACCUGUCCUUUGUGGACAUCUGUUUCACCUCCACCACAGUCCCUAAGUUACUGGUGAACAUACAGAAAGAGUGUAAAGUUGCAACCUAUGAAAGUUGCAUCACUCAGAUGUAUUUCGUCAACGUGUUUGCAGUGUUAGAUGAUUUACUUCUCACCGUGAUGGCCUAUGAUCGUUUUGUGGCCAUCUGCCACCCCCUGCACUACACGGUCAUCAUGAGCCCCCGAAUCUGUGGACUUUUGGCUGUGGGAUCUUGGACCGUGAGUUCCCUUGUUUCACUUUUGCAUAGCUUACUCACUCUAAGGUUGUCCUUUUGCACAGAUUUGGAAAUCCCCAACUUUUUCUGUGACCUCAAACAGAUGGUCCAGCUUGCCUGUUCUGACACCUUACUUAAUAAUGUGGGGAUUUAUCUGUCAACUGUGCUGCUGGGUGGCGGUCCUCUGGCUGGGAUCCUUUACUCUUAUUCUAAGAUUGUCUCCUCCAUAAGUAAAAUCUCAUCGGCCCAAGGGAAAUAUAAAGCCUUCUCCACUUGUGCUUCUCAUCUCGCCGUUGUCUCCUUAUUUUAUUGCACUAGUCUGGGCGUGUAUCUUAGCUCUGCUGCCCCCCACGGCUCACAGUCCAAUUCAAUCGCCUCCAUGAUGUACUCUGUGGUCACCCCCAUGCUGAACCCUUUCAUCUAUAGUUUGAGGAAUAACGACAUAAAGAGGGCCCUGAAAGCUUUCUUGCUGAAGGGACAGUUCACCUAG